UCGGGGAGGGUCGUAAAGCAUAAAGCAGUGCGAGUCCAAGAACCGGGCAGGAGACGUGGAUUGGGAAAAACAGCACACACACGGCGCGGUCAUGGCUGCUCGCGACAGGGUGACACAUUUACUUAGGCAGCUUGUCGUUCAAGCGUGCAGAUGUCCUGCUCACUCUUCCACACAUUCUGUCCACAUCAAUCAGUCAGGUGCUGAUCUUUCCUUUGGGAGAAAAACUGACUUUGCUUUUGAGAUGGCCUGCUCUAAUGUCAGAUAUGGAAAGGGUGUGACCAGAGAAAUUGGCAUGGACAUGCAAAAUAUGGGUGCACAAAAUGUGUGUUUGAUGACGGACAGGAACCUGUCCAGACUGCCUCCAGUAACAGCAGUGUUGGACUCACUAUUAAGACAUGGUGUGAAGUAUGAAUGCUAUGAUGGUGUGAGGGUGGAACCUACUGAUAACAGUUUUAAAGAAGCUAUUGAUUUUGUGAAGAAAAGGAAUUUUGAUGCAUAUGUAGCUGUUGGUGGUGGAUCUGUGAUUGACACCUGUAAAGCGGCCAAUCUUUACGCAUGCCACCCGGAGGCUGACUUUCUGGAUUUUGUCAAUGCACCAGUUGGAAAAGGAAAGCCAGUUACCCAACCAUUGAAGCCUCUUAUUGCAGUUCCGACUACAGCAGGUACUGGGAGUGAGACCACGGGGGUAGCAAUAUUUGAUUUUGAAUACCUGAAAGCUAAAACAGGUAUAGCAAGUCGAUCACUGAAGCCUACUUUGGCAAUGGUGGAUCCACUUCACACACUGCACAUGCCGGACAGAGUCGCUGCCAACAGUGGUUUUGACGUACUCUGCCAUGCUUUGGAAUCCUACACUGCUUUGCCAUAUAACAAGAGGAGUCCUUGUCCCACCAAUCCUAUUACCCGUCCUGCCUAUCAGGGUAGCAAUCCAAUCAGUGACGUCUGGGCAAGACAUGCCCUUUGUAUAGUAGCCAAGUACUUAAAACGAGCAGUGUGUAAUCCAGAUGAUGUAGAGGCACGCUCCAGCAUGCACCUGGCAAGUGUGUUUGCUGGAAUUGGCUUUGGUAAUGCAGGAGUUCAUUUGUGUCAUGGAAUGUCAUAUCCCAUCUCUGGGAACAUUAAAACCCACAAAGCUCAAGGAUACAAUGUGGACCACCCGUUAGUGCCUCAUGGACUCUCUGUGGUUCUCACAUCCCCGGCUGUGUUUGCCUUCACUGCCUGCAUGUGCCCAGAGCGCCACUUAGAGGCAGCAGAGAUACUGGGUGCUGAUAUAAGGAAUGUGAAGAGAGAAGAUGCUGGUCGUGUGUUGUCAGAUGUACUGAGGAAACUUCUGUAUGACCUGGAAGUGGAAGAUGGCUUGUGUGAAAUUGGCUACAGUAAAGAGGAUAUUCCUGAACUGGUGAAAGGAACUAUUCCACAGGAGCGUGUGACAAAACUUGCACCAAGAUCCCACACUGAAGAGGAUCUCACUUGUUUGUUUGAAGCAUCCAUGAAACUAUACUAAACAUGCACAAUACUUCAUCUGCUUUGUUUAAGGACAAACCAAGCAUAUGGCUAUGAUUAUGAACUAUAAAUAAUUAUGAUUGGUUCAUGACUCAUUGAUUUGCUUGUUAAACAAAUAAGCAGUUAAUUUUUUUUAGGAGUAAAAUUUUCAACAUAA